CAUUUGCUUGCAGUCAGAGAAAAGGGACAUGUUAGAGGCUGGCAGGGCCGUGGAACAACACGUCUAAACGGGGUAACGGACACCCUUUCAGAGAUGGGCCACUUCGCCCAAAGAGGAAGGAGACGAAUUUGAACUUUGUAGCUACAACCAGGGCUCGAUGUGGUGUUUCUGGGCGCUCAUAUGAAAGAGUUACUUAAAGUUUAAAAUGUGGGAGAUGGUGGUGUUACCGAGAGCGAGCUCUCCCUUCCUGUCGUCUAGGACAAGAUGGCAGCAAUGCAGGCGAACUGUGCAUGGUAUGGAUUUAUGAGUCCAUAACAUGUUCAGAGAAGCCCUGGAUUAUACUUAUAGUGACUCUAUGUGAAGGUAUGGCCUCACAAGUCUUGGUCUACCCACCACACAUUUAUCAAACCCAGACAAGUGCCUUUAGCAGUGUGAAGAAACUCAAAGUUGAGCCCAGCAGCUGUGUGUACCAUGAGAGGGCACACCUGUGGACUUAUCUGAACAGCAGAACCCUUGGCAUUGUGCACCUAACAAAACAAGCCCACUCGUUUGUGAACCGAGACUUGGCAGUGGGUGUGAACGUGCGUGGAGGACAAGAGUACCCUGUGCGGACAGUGGUGGUGCGUGGUGUACAGAGACAGCAGCCCUGUAAAAGAGAAGGAGGAGGACAAGGCCCGGCUGCAGCCCAGCAGCGACAGGACGCAGGGAUUGUCCACUUGCAGGGCAAGGAGCAGCAGCAGACAGACACAGCAAGUGGGGGCAGCAGUGGAGCAACAGGGGCAGAAGGAGGGGAAACGGGUGAGGGCUACAGUGGAGGAGCUGAGGGAAGUGGAGAGGAGGAGGGUGACAGAGAAGAGAACUGUGGAGGUUUAAACUCAGCUGACAGCUCUCAGCGAUGUGGGCUGAAACGUAAAAGUGAGGAGCUGGAUAACCGAGGGAGCACCAUGCAGAUUGUGGAGGAAUUGUCAAUGUUGCCUGCCAUGAUGCAAACGUCAAACGUGGGGAGCGCAACCAUGGGGGCUGGAGGGGCCCCCUCCAAACAGGGUGUAGGUGCAGCAGGAGGGACUGGAGGAGGGGAUGGGGACUACCAGGUAGUACUGCAUGAAGUCUUGUGUUCCAUGAAGAAUACAUAUGAAGUGCUGGAUUUCUUGGGGCGUGGCACAUUUGGCCAGGUUGUAAAGUGCUGGAAGAGGGGCACGGGUGAGGUUGUGGCUGUGAAGAUCCUGAAGAACCACCCUUCAUAUGCACGGCAGGGUCAAAUCGAAGUUGGAAUCCUUGCCCGUCUGAGUGGGGAGAAUGCAGAUGAGCACAACCUGGUGCGAGCCUUUGAAUGCUUCCAGCACCGCAGCCACACCUGCCUGGUGUUUGAGAUGCUUGAGCAGAACCUGUACGACUUCCUGAAGCAGAAUAAGUUCAGUCCGCUGCCGCUAAAAGUGAUCAGACCUGUGCUACAGCAGGUAGCUACAGCUCUGAAAAAGCUGAAGAGCAUGGGUCUGAUUCAUGCAGAUCUAAAGCCGGAGAACAUCAUGCUGGUGGACCCAGUGAGGCAACCCUACAGGGUAAAGGUGAUAGACUUUGGCUCAGCCAGUCAUGUGUCCAAAGCUGUGUGCUCCACGUACCUCCAGUCACGGUACUAUAGGGCUCCAGAGAUUAUUUUGGGAUUGUCGUUUUGUGAAGCCAUAGACAUGUGGUCCUUAGGAUGUGUCAUAGCUGAACUUUUUCUUGGCUGGCCCCUUUACCCUGGAGCCCUGGAGUACGACCAGAUUCGCUACAUUUCUCAGACACAAGGUUUGCCAGGGGAACAUUUAUUGAAUGCGGGUACAAAGACGGCACGGUUCUUUUGCAAAGAGUCUGACUCACCUUAUGCAGCAUGGAGACUAAAGUCAACAGAUGAGCAUGAGACGGAGACGGGAAUGAAAUCAAAGGAAGCCAGGAAGUACAUCUUCAGCUGUUUGGAUGACAUAGCGCACGUGAACUUGGUGAUGAAUCUGGAAGGUAGUGACUUGUUGGCGGAGAAGGCAGACCGUCUGGAGUUUGUGGGCCUGCUGAAGAAGAUGUUGUUGAUUGAUGCAGAAGAGAGGAUUACCCCUUCCGAAGCUCUCAGCCACCCCUUUGUGACAAUGCAACACCUGCUUGACUUCCCCCAUAGCAACCAUGUGAAGUCAUGUUUCCACAUCAUGGAUGUUUGCUGGACUCGUCCCAGUGCAUAUGAGGCAGCCAACAGAAAUAAAGGUCCUUUCAUCAGACCUGUGACAACAAACGCUGCUGCCUCUGUUAACCACCCAUUCAGCAAGAUUACCGGUGUCCACACUCAAGGAUUAGCCCCAUCAGCCCAAUCAGUGAUGCACCCUGGGAUACCACUGCAGACGGGAAGUGGUCAGUUUGGAUGCAACGAUUCAUUUCAGCAGGCCCUCAUUCUAUGUCCCCCAACCAUUCAAGCUAAACCAGCGGGCUACUCUGUUCGAAUGGAGGGUUCUGUGCCUCUGGUCACUCAAGCACCCCCCAUCCAGCCCAUUCAAAUCCGACCUGGAGUCAUCACACAAGCCUGGUCCAGCCGUGCUCAGCAGAUCCUGGUGCCCACUUGGCAGCAGGUGACAUCAGUACCCCCACCACCAACCACUUUGGCAUCUGAUACUAUGGCAGGCUCACAAAGAUUGGGUGACUGGGGGAAAGUGCGUCCGCAUGGUAACCAUUACAGCUCCAUGAUUGCACACCCUCAGCCAUUCUUAACCAACCAAAUGACCAUGUCCACCCACCAGCCAAUCAACAUAGGCAUUGCACAUGUGGUGUGGCCACAGCCAGCUGCCAACAAGAGAGCCAAGCCUUGUGUGAACAGGUAUUGCAUCAGGGGCAGCAACUUCUCCCAAAACACGAACGUCCAAAAUAUAGCAUGCCAGUCCCCAAAGAUGGCCGAUACAGCAAAGAAUGUGCAGCAGGUAGAAGCCAGAUGCCCAGAGGAAGGGCAUGCUGCUGAAGAGGAGCAAGGAACAGAGCAAGUGGAGGAGGAUGAUGACAAAUGCUGUAAAGUGGAGCCAGACUGUGAGGAGCUUUCAGUUUCACAGGAGCAGCGGCUGGCCAUGGUGAUCUCUGACCUAGCUAGCCCGACUGUUAGUGUCAUCAGUAUUAGCAGCGACGAAGAGGAGAGCGCCCAAAGACACUCAAUGGGGGAGUGUAAGGAUAGUGCCGAUUGUGAGGCAUGUCAGAGCACCGUCAGUAUGGAGAGAGUCUGUUCCCUCAGCAGUCCGGACAGCACGCUCAGCACCAGCUCUUCAGCCUCAGCCCAGUCCAGCACCUCACCCUGCAAACACCCUAACAGUAUGUCAGAUGACGAGCAGGAGAGUGGUUGUGACACAGUGGACAGCUCGCCUGCCUCAGACGCCUCUCACCAUAGUCCCUUCACACAGCGGCGCUUCAUCGCUGACAGCAACCAAAACUGCGAGCCCUGUGUUGCGUGCGUUGCCCCGGAGACGGAGCCCAGCAAGCCAACAGUUCGUACAGUUGUGGUGCCUCCAAUGAGACUGCAGAACAACAACAACUACUACCCUAUUGUCAGUGAAACAUAUGGCAACACAGGUCACAUGGCCUGGGAUUACGCUGUCUUUGUAGACCACAGAGGUUCUCACAGUCUUAGAGUCUUCAUGCCAGUCCAAAGGGCGAGGCAUUCCUGGGCGACAUCACCACUCCACUCCCCUCCUCAACAGGCCGCAGAAGAUCACCCCUGCAUUCCAGCCCCAACAACAGCAGCCUAUGGGCUUUGGGCAGGUGCAGCAUUUCGGUUCCUGCCAUCAGGAAUGGAACGGCAACUUUGCCCAUCGGAGACCACAGGCCUAUAUCCCCCCCACCAUACAUGGACACACAUUCACCCUGUCCCACAGCAGCCCAAACCAUACUGCGGGCCCCCACCUUGGGGGCCACCCGCACACCCAGCCCACCUUACUGUCCUACCCCCCGGCUGGUCCUCUGGUCACAGCUGCACCCGUGGCCCACCUCCUGGCUUCCCCUGUAGCCUCCCGUCCCGUCCUCCAGCCCACCUACAGCAUCUCCCACCCGGCAGGCAUCAUGCAUCAGGUCACAGUGGGCAUCAACCCCCGGCUGCUGCCCUCUCCCACCUUGCACCCCCAGGGCCAAUUCAAGCCCCUCUUUCCCCCGCACUCCUACAUUGCCUCACCCGCGUACGCCAGUUUCCCUCUCAGCCCCACCAAAAUAAACCAGUACCCUUACAUUUGAGCAUGCCUGCCCAGGUACCCUUUAUACCACCAGAGGGCUAAGUGAGUAGGGCAUCUUAAACCACAAACAUGGUUUUCAUUUCCAAAACCAUGGCACAACCACAGAGAAAGCAAGCUAUUUUUUUGAAUCAUGUAGACUUGGGUGUAAUUGAACUUCAAGCUUUAAGAAAAAAAAAUGAAGAAAAAAAGUGAGUUCCAAUGAUGUAGAUGAUUUGGGCAAAAAAUAAAAAGGAAAUAAUGUAUGAAUGAUUGAAUGAAAGAAUGAAUGAAUAGUUAAACUCACACUUAAUGUGUUUUGCACAUUUGAUAUAUAUCUUUGCAUUGGAUCUUCUACGAAUACUCCUCAAAACAGGUAAAAUAAUUGGGGUGGUGUUGAAUAGUUAGACUUUGCACCCCUGAUCCCAGCUAUUUUUCUAUAUUGCCUUCUUACGUGUGCAAGACACAUCCAUAUUUGUAAAGCCAUCCCAGUCUCUAGCUCUAGAUCGACAGAUGCACACGUUGUCCACAGUGUAUGUUGUACUGCGUUUGAAGUAUUUGUACCUUUUCGGUGUCUUUUGGUGUUAGCAAUGUCAUGUCAAUUAACCGAUUUUAUAUAGGGUUGUUCCUCACGCUGCAUGUGGUCUUGCAUGAGCAAAAAUGUAAACGGAAAGAUGCAUAGACGUUGCUCUUAUUGUUUGUGUCACAAGACUCGCUGCAUUGUAAAACUGUCCCCAGCCAUAGUGCCUUACAUAUUUGAGGUUGUUAAUGUUACUACUUAUAUAGGACUAUAUACAUGAAUAUUAAUGUACUGGACUGCAGCACUUGAAAUUCCAAUCAGUCGAUGCAUCCUAUGUGUGAGUAUAUAUAUGCAUACGUGUAUAUAUCCUAGCAUAGCCUGCAUGGAUGUGAUGUAUUGCGGAUAGCGGUGCUUAACUUUUGGAGUCGGUGUAUAUUUCAGUGUGUAGUGCGUUACUUUUCUGUUCUUUCAAGAAGAACAGCAUGCUUUGCUGUUGCGAAUGCUAACCGUUUCAUUAAAAAUGUUAUUUUUUCCGUUCUCCCUUUUCCCCGAAUGAACUAGUGUACAAAGUGCAAGUACUGAGUAUUGCUUAAUAUUUGAUAAUCACUUUCUAUUUAGUAAAACUAUUAUUACAAACAGUAUUUCUACUGUUUGAUGAAACUGCAAUACAAUCUAAAUAGUCGUUCGUUUUCUUUUCUUGUCUUUGAAUUUUCAUUUUGAGUGUUUUCACUUUGUUUCUUAGAUGUUUAGAAGUGUGGUGGGCAUGGCUUUGAUUAGGUAAGGAAAGAAAUGCAAAUUAAUUCAUGGUAUGGAAUUUUCCAAGCCUGAGCAAACCAUGAAGUAUUCAAUAUACACACAUAUUGGACAUAUAUUAUAGAGCUAGACUAUUUAGUACAGAUGCUUGAUAAGGUGUGAGUUAAUUGUGUGCAAUUCUCAUUUAUGCAUGUGUGACAAAGUUAACUUUUUCCCUUUACAUUAUACCAUUUGUCAAAGGCUUAAGGCUUAUCAGUGUCGACUGCUUAUUUUAUACAUUCCGUCAGGGAGGGGAUAUAUAUAUAUAUAUAUAUAUAUAUAUAUAUAUAUAUAUAUAUUAUAUAUAUAUAUAUAUAUAUAUAUAUAUAUAUAUAUAAUAUAUGAUUGAUGAUGGUAGCACCAGUCUAUAUAUAUGUAGAUAUGCUGUGUGUGCAUUUUAUCUGUUUGUUUUACUAGUUAUGUGUGUCUUUUUUUGUCUUUUAUUUUUCAAAUGAAGUUGCUUGUGCAGCACCAAAGACUGUAAUUCAUUUCCUGAGCAAGGUAGCUAUUAUGUUUGCAUAGACCUCCGUUAUACUGUAGUUGUAGAAUGGGGUUAAAUGAAAAAAAACAAAAAACAAUUGUAUUCAAAAAAAACAAACAAAAAAAACGGCCGAGGUUUUGUCUAGCUUAUUGGGCAAUUAAUAAGUCGUAUCAUUUCUUUCUUGAAUGUAUCAUAGAUAAGCUGCUAUAUGAUGAUUGCCACUUCGAUAGCUGUGAAAUUAGGUGAUAUCUCUGAGUUUAAACCCAGCGUUGCUAUUUUUGUAUAGGUCCCUAAUUAUCUGAAAUAGAAGUGGUUUUGAUUUUUGUGUUUUGCGUUCAUAUUUUGAGUGUCAUUGUAACUACUGUAUUGCUGAUGAUGAACAUUAGUUGCAUUUGUUGUUUCUCGGGGUGUGUGUGUGUUUUUGCAUCAGUAUUUUAUCCUUAUUAACGUUUCGGGCUCAUCACUGCAUAUAAAUGAUGUAUCGAUAUAACUUAAUUUUUGUAUGUUUUCAUAUUGACGUUUUGUAUGCAUCUAAAGCUGUAGCUUGCAGGAUUGAUUUAACUUUUUCUUUGUACGUAUAUACGGUGUGCUACCAGUACUCUUUUGUGUGUUACAUGAGCACUGUGAGAUGCCAGAAAAAAAAUCCAUCAUGUUCAUUGAAAAGCUUCUGUAAUGUUUCCACCAAUUACACACAAACACACUCGCCACUAAGCACUCGUACAGGGUUAGGCUUGUAAGGGUUUGGGGUGAUUAGACGGUGUCCAAAAAUAAAUUUAGCCCAAUGUUUCUGUUCCAAAAUAAUGUUUUACAACUUGUUUUCUGGAUGAAUUGAUUUGAACAACUAUUUAUCUCAACCUUUUCAACUGUUCAAUAACUGUUAAAUGUUAUACCUGGCUAGAAUAUCAGUUUGUUAUUCUAAACGGCCUUGUGUUCAGAUCGCUCCCCCCUUUAUGAGUGUCUCAUAUCAAAAUGAUAUUUUGUCAACGCAAAACUGUGGCCAUUGUUAUGUGUUCCUUACUGAAACUGACAGUGUGAGCAGCACUGUGUAUGUGCCUUGAGCUUCAGAAAGUGAGAAUUGAAAGUGAGAAAAGCUGGUGAUUCCUCACCUAUUAUUUAAGUAGAAAGGCAUAAAAUCAACUAAGAGCCUGUUACCAUAAAGAGUGGACAGUCUUUUAAGGGCCACACGACCAAGAAUUAAAAACAAACACGCAAAAUAGGACUUCAACCCAGUGUCAUUCCAGGGACUUGUACUCCUCUGAUCAGCUUGUAGACACAACCGAGGACAUGUACAUGGUGGUGGUGCUCCUCUUGUUUCAGAUAGCCGCCACCGAAGCCUCUCUGUGAAAACACACACAAUAAAACACACAUACACAUUGAAUGAGAUGACACUCAAUGAUCUUUGGAUAGUCACUCUGGCUAAACAGCAGAUGCAAUACUUUACAUUGUGCGGUCAUUGCACCACCAAGUGUUCUUAGAUAUUCUCCAUGCUUUACAUUUCCUUGCAUGUACACCUAAGUUGUUUCACUUUGUCUGCCUAGAAGAUGUCUGCUUAGAGCAGCUUUCCGUCGUGCAAGUUGAGGCUGAGCGGGAGUAAGCAGAGCACAGUUUACAACACUGGCCUUUUUAAAAGAAAAAAUCAGAGACGCCGUACUUUAUAUCUGGCCUUGAUGUUGAACCGCUCUAGCAAGGAGAUUAUUGUGGUUUUUCUGCACAGUGAGUCAUGAGUGCAAUACUCCACAUUAAAACACUGACGAUGUAGUUGUAUGAUUUGUCGAUUUUUUUUCUUUUUCUUCUUACCUGUACGCUUUACUGAUCAUAUCUAGUAUCGUUUUGGGAAAGAAAGCGUAUGGCGAAAAGGCAUGACUUUGGCAGAUUAGUGCUCAAAAUAGUUCCCCAAUAAUAAGCAUGUGAAAUGUAAUCUGUGUUUUGAUUCCUCCAAAGGUAUUCACCAGCAAUGCGCCUGCAUAACCUCUCCCAUACUUGUUAGCAAAAGACGAGAGAAAUCUUAAAACUUUUUAAUUUCCCUCACGAUUGACACCUUAGUUUUAUGGAUAACCUUUUUUUUUUUUUUUUGAUUUUUUUUUUAAGGUUUCAUGUAACAUUUAACAGAAAUGAUUUGUAAAAUUACUACUAUUAAAGUUGUCACUUUGAUAUCAGAAAUCCUCUGCUGCAGUAUUAUCCUUUAGAGAUGUUUAAUUUCGGGUCUGUAUUAGUCUAACUGUACUACUGUGUUACUCUUUGAUUUCAUUUUGAGUUUUGUUUUACUUAAGCUCUUAUUUUUCUGGUCAUCAAUUUCAGAGUUAAUCACACUGCAAGUUAUGAGAUCAUCUGUUUAGAUUGCUCAUCAAAUAGACUUGAUUAUGAAAUCUGAACUGUUACUGUUUUAAUACGUGUAGAUUUUUUUGUGGCUUUGUUUUUGUUUAAUUUAGCUUUUCUAUUUUGUGCUACACUAGUUUGCCAUGUAGCAAUUGCACUGUGCAAUAUUUACAGUAUGAGGACUGGGAAAACUAACUAUGGAUGUGAUGUCUCUUUACAGUUUGCGAUAGUGUUUCCUCUCUAGUUCUCAGUGAUUUAGGUGUGACCAAGCCUUCUCUACUUUGUCACAUUAAGCGGGUUUUCCAGGUGACUCUUUUGGUGAGUGUCAAAAUAAGACUUUAUGGUGUAUUAUUGUUAAGAUUCACUUUGAAUUAAAAAAAAAUCUAUUGAUGCA